AUGUCACAAAAAAUCUCUACCGGCUGGUAUUUUUUUCUUUUCACACUUGUCGGCGCAUGUUGCGGCUUGAUAUACACUGUCUUCAUAGGUGAUGGAGAACCACUUAUUGCAUCGUUGGGAUUCAGCGGAAUUGCAUUCGCGGCAACUUUUUGCCUGAUUAGCUGGCUCGGGGAUGCUUUCAAAAGAGUUGGAUUCAAGGGGAGAGAUAUAUCGAAGCCAGAUCGGAGAGAGCUACCGGAAACCAUGGGCGCUGUAUGUGCUGUGGUUUACUUGAUGACCAUGAUCGUAUUUAUGCCAUUUCCUUUCUAUGAGUACUUUGUCGCUAGUACAAGUGGUGGGGGGAACCGGGACGUCACCAUAGAGCUCGAGGAGGUCGAGACUGGACGGCUGCUUCACAGAUUUCCACACAAUAAACUUGGCGAAUAUCUCUCAGCACUACUUUCCCUCCAGGGAAUGGUCAUCCUUGGUGUUGCUGAUGAUCUUUUUGAUGUCCGCUGGCGACACAAAUUCUUCCUACCAGCUAUAGCAGCAAUCCCAAUGCUCAUGAUAUAUUAUGUCGACUUUGGCGUAACCAAUAUCGUUGUACCUACACCGCUUCAACCAUAUCUCGGGACUGCACUUCUAGACUUAUCUUGGGGAUACUAUGUCUAUAUGGCUGCUAUCGCAAUUUUCUGUCCAAAUUCAAUCAAUAUCCUUGCUGGGGUUAAUGGAAUCGAAGUUACGCAAAGUAUCGUGAUCGCCUGCUUUAUCGCGCUCAAUGAUCUGCUGUAUAUCUCUGUUAAAGGCCACCCGGCGACCGAUUCGCAUCUAUUCUCGCUCUACUUUCUUCUUCCGUUUUUGGGCGUAUCAAUUGCACUAUGGUGGCACAAUUCAUACCCGUCUAAAGUGUUUGUUGGAGAUACAUUCUGCUACUUUGCAGGCAUGACUUUCGCUGUUGUUGGGAUACUCGGUCAUUUUUCAAAGACUCUCCUCCUUUUAUUUAUACCACAAAUCUUCAACUUCUUGUACUCCGCACCACAACUAUUUCACCUCAUUCCUUGUCCACGUCACAGGCUCCCCCGUUUUCGCGUUCAGACAGGGUUAAUGGAAGCAUCCCGCGCCGAGUUUCCGAAUCCACCAAAAUGGUAUAUCGCACUCAUGUUGACGACGCUGGAGAAGUUCGGUUUAGUACAGGUCUGGAGAAGCGGAGAUGGCGUGAUUACAGAAUGUAGUAAUCUGACUAUCCUCAACUUAUGGAUUGUAAAAAUGGGACCUAUGAGGGAGGAUAAGGUUGUGAUGGGCAUUACAACUUUACAAAUCGCCUGUGGGGUGAUUGGUUUACUGAUCAGACAUAAGGCAGCACUACUGGUGUUUCCGAGCGAUAAUCUGAACAUCUCCUUUUAG